AAUAUCAUGGUAGAUUGACUGUCUAGAUGUUAAGUUUAAGAGUGGAAUAGAAACUAGAAUUUGUAUAUGCUUCUGUAAUGUGCUAAAUGUUAAUCACAUAUGUAUUGCUUUAUACUCUAAACCACAGUUAAAAAUUUUGCUCUUUGAUCAAAAUUUUGCUUUCUUGGCUGUGUUAUAUACCCCUAGGGUUCAUUUUUUUGUGGACAGUCACUUUAAGAUGCCAAGAGAUUGAGACUGACUCAAGGACAUUGACUACUGCUUUCGGCUUCUGAGUUGCUAUGUCAAAGAGAGGUGGUGUUAUUUGAUGGACAAUGAAUGUUUAUGGUUUCUCGUGACUUGCUUUAAAUAUACAAGGACACAUAAAUGCAUGCUCAGAGUUGAGCUGGUCGAUCAUGGAAAGAAACCAGUGACAGGAGGGUCACUGGUUUAAACCUUCAGUAGCCCAGAAGGGGUGAGUUGAGAUCGAUCCAGAGUAGUGAUAAAUGACUCUCACAAGUGCUGCAACUAGAAGAUGUUUGCAGAGAGGAGGGGAGAGAAAGGUUUGAAACAGAAGAAACCUAGUGACAAAGAGAUCACUGUUUGGACUCUCUCCAAGUAGCAUGUAAGGGUGAGUUUGAUUCCAUUCAAAAACGAAAGUGUGAUUGUCAUAUAGUUAAUCCACAGGAGUGGGUUCUCUGGUGAGGGGAAACCUUUGUGAAUACCAUGUGUGUGUUUGCCCUUUGUCUGGGUGUGGUAGUUCACUGAAGAAAGGCACCCCUGUGGCAAAUCACUGUUGGGAGUUAUUUCGUAUGUCAUGGAACUGGAUAAGUGGCUAUCAUGUUGUGUGUGAUUGGAGUAACCUUGUGGAAUCUACCGGUGUGUUGACCCUUGUCUGUGUGGUGGUUCCCUUUAAGAUGGUCCCCUUUGUGAUAAGCUACUGUUGGUGACACUUUGUGUGAAGAUUCGGAGGACAACGGGAAGAUUGACGACACCUGUUUGUUUGGAUUACAAAUAUCUCUCUCUCACUUCAAAUUCCGUGGAUUGGACUGAACUGAACUUUCUUAAAUACCAUUGUAAGACUGUAACUUUUGCCACCUGAGCUUGAAUAAAUUUGGGAACUAUUUUUUCACACAUAUAUAUGUAUAACAUUGCUAACUUUUGAUUUACCUGGUUUAAGUUACUAUUUUAAGUAGUUACUAAUAAAUAGAGUCUAACAUCAAAACUAGACUCUAGGUGUGUUCAGUUGCUGCUGAUGCUUUUACAGGGUUGUGUGUAGUGACAAUUUAAAAUACUAGUUUUCUUUUCAAGCACUUCCCUACAUAUAUUCCUGUUAUAUGCUGCUUUUUUUUCUCCUUAUCCAACCAUCAAUAACCCCCAACACCAAGGGUUCCCAAAACAUAUUAUUGCUGGCUUUUACCCAAUUUAGCCUUCAAACUGUGCUAUUACUCUGUUGAAUGCUUCCCACUGUUCAGAUGUGGACUUAGAAGCAAGUAGAUAAUCCCAGUCUAACUUUGCCAGGUUCUCCCCCAUGUUAACAAAAUAAGCCUCCUGUAACACUCCUCUCCCCCCACUCCCCCCCAAUUUAAGGUCUAUUCCUAUCCUUUUCCAUAAUUGCUUGAAAGUAGACAGUUAUGGUCACUAUCUCCUUCCACAUAAGCAGCUGCAGGUCCAGUAAUGGCCUUUUCCUCAUUGAUUUAUCUACCUACUCUAUCAAAAGCUCUCCUGGACACACCUUAAAAAUUACAGCUCUGCUGUGCCUUGAAUGCUGAGGUAAUCCCAGUUAGUAAUUGGGAAUUGACCUCUACAAAUUCAAUAACCUUUGUAUUUCUUUGGAACCUGCCCAUGCCCUCUUCUCAUUGUUUCUGUUGUCAAGGAAGUAUAGAAGCCUGGAGGCACACACCCAGCAAUUCAGGGACUGUUUCUUCUCCACUGCCAUCUGAUUUCUGAAUGGACAAUGAACCCAUGAACACUACCUCACUACUUUUUAAAUUUCUCUGUACUUAUUUUAACUUAACUAUUUAAUAGACCAUUAAGACAUAGGAGCAGAAUUAGGCCAUUCAGCCCAUCAAGUCUGCUCUGCCAUUCCAUCAUGGCUGAUCCCUGAUCCCACCUGCCUUCUCACCAUAUCACCCUGACCGAUCAGGAAACUAACAACUUCCUCCUUAAAUAUAUGCACAGACUUGGUGCAGUCUGCGGCACAGCAUUCCACAAACUUACUACUCUGGCUAAAAAAAAAUCCUUCUAGCCUCUGUUCUAAAAGGUUGCCCCUCAAUUUUAAGGCUAGAUUCUGGAUAGCAAAACCAUAGGAAACAUCCUCUCCACAUCCUGCCUAUUCUAGUCCUUCCAACAUUCAGUAGGUUUCAAUGAGGUCCCCAUGCAUUCUUUUAUAUUCCAGUGAGUACAGGCCCAAAGCUGCCAAACACUCCUCAUAUGUUAACCCCUUCAUUCCCAGAAUCAUCCUCAUGAACCUCAUCUGGACUCUCUCCAAUGACAACACAUCCUUUAGGAAAUUUGGGGCCCAAAACUGUUAACGAUACUCCAGUUGCAGCCUGAUCGGUGUCUUACAAAGACUCAGCAUGAUCUCCUUGUUUUUUUAUUCUAUUCCCCUUGAAAUAAAUGCCAACAUUGCAUUUGCCUUCUUUACCACAGACUCAACCUGUCAAUUAAACUUCUGGGAGUCUUGCACGAGGGACUCCUAAGUCCCUUUGCACCUCUGAUUUUGAAUUUUCUCCCCAAUUAGAUAAUUUGUCUAAGUCCUGCUGCAAUCGCAUUGCUUCCUCAACACUACCUACCCCUCCACCUAUCUUCGUAUCAUCUGUAAACUUUGCCACAAAGUCAUUAAUUCCAUUAUCUAAAUCAGUGACAAACAAUGUGAAAAGUAGCGGUCUCAAUACUGACCCUGAGGAACACCACUAGUCACCAGCAGCCAACUAGAAAAGGCCCCUUUUGUUCCCACUUGCUGGUAUCCUCUUCCAAUCCACCUGGGCAAGCUCCACUCUCAUGCCUCUGUAAUUCCCCUUAUUUCAUUGUGAUACUAAUACAUGUAACCUAUGCUUCUACCUCUCAAACUGCAGUAUGAAUUCAUUCAUAUUAUGAUCACUGUCUCCUAAGGGUUCCAUUACAUUAAGCUCCCUAAUAAGAUUUGGGUUAUUAUGCAACACCCAAUCUAAGAUGGCCUUUCCCUGAGUAGGCUCAAGCACGCAGCUAUAUAAACCCAUCUCAUGGGCAUUCAACAAAUUCCCUCUCUUGCAAUCCAACACCAACCUGAUCUUCCCAAUCCCACCGCAUAUUGAAAUCCCCCAUUACGAUUGUGUCAUUACGCUUAUUACAUGCCCUUUCCAGCUCUAUUUACAAUCUCAAACCCACAUCUUGGCUACCAUCUGGAGGUAGCCAAUUGACCAAACAAAAAACUUUAGCAACUAACCAGACCGUGGAGGGUGAUAUCAUGGAGGUAAAUGAAAGUCACAAGUGGGUUAGGAGCAGAAAAGUGUUGAGAAUCACUACGCUAUAAUAACUAACAAAAAUAUAUUCACAGCCUUGCCAUACCCUUACACCGUGAGUGUACAGUUCGUCAUAAAGACUGCAGUUUGCAGAAAACGACAACACACAAAUUGUUUUUAUUCUAAUCAAGUUUUCUGCAAUUGAUUAGCCAUUAAUUUAAUGCUAAAUAGAUAAACCUGGUCCAGUCCCGCAAGACCAUGUAGACACGAAAGGAAGCAGAAGAAUCGCCGGCCAACUCGGACCGAACAUCUGAGAAACUGGCUGAAAGGAAACGAGAUGUUAGCCUGAUUCAUUAUGACGCAUCAAAUCUGUGUAUAAAAAGAUCUAUUAACUCUACACCUUUGCAGACAAGCAUUGGGUGUUGCUCUGCAUUCAAAGUACGUUAAGAGUCAUAGCAGAUUUCCAGCAUCUGCAGAAAUUCUUCUGUUUACAAUAUAGUGUGUUUUUUUUUGCCUUAGUAUGACGUACGUUUGCAGAGGAGAGGCGAGGUGAAAAUAUUGGUGGAGAUUUAUUCACGAACAUUUGUUAUUAAUUACAAACCCUCCGGAGGAGUAUAAAAUACCUAAAUGAAUGUGUAGAAUAAAAUAAAACCCAUGAAAAUUGAUGAAUUUAACUUACGUUUUCAAUGUUUAUCAAAUUAAAAGUUAUUGAUCUGUUGAAGCUGUCCGGUUGUAACUCCACCUGCCUGUUAACUGAAGAAACCAUCAAGGGUGAAACUUCCUUCCCACCUGUCUGAUCUACAAUCAGGGGGCGGGGACAUUAAUGAGAGUUUUCUUAAAACGGGCUUUUCUUUACCAUUUCUAAGUUUACUCGCUGAGCUAGAUGACAAGUGGCAAUGGACGACGAAUGCAGCCUGGAAGUUUACAGAGGCAGCAAGCCGAACUCCGACAAGUGCAGGGCGCUGAAAGAGCAAGAGAGACUCCCCAGCCCCAGCGACCUGACAGAUAAAUACCUCCCGAAUAAUGCAGUCACCCCGAGCGCUCAGUACGGCAUCAAUGUUUUUGCCCUGGGUUUGGUCCUAACGGUGGCAGAGGCGUCGCAGAAAGCCGGUGCGACGCAGGAACACAUCUUGGCCUAUCUCAGCACCCUCAUGGCGAUGCAGCUAGUGUGGAUGUUCUGGUACUUCGUGAAGCGGCACGAAAGGAGAGGGUUGGCCAUCGAUAAAGAUGACCACGCCGGGCCAGGGUGGCUCAGAGGUGGUUUAAUCUUGUUUGCCAUCUUGAGUUUAGUUCUGGAUAUGUUGAAAAUUGGAUACUAUGUUGGAUAUUCAAGUUGUCUAACAGACGCCAGUGGUGCCUUUCCCGUGAUUCACGCAGUACACACAAUCUCUCAGGUAUAUUUCCUUUGGUUUCAUGCAAAGGAUGUCAUUCAAACUUUUCAGAUUAUUGAAAGAUUUGGGAUGAUUCAUGCUGUCUUCACAAAUCUGUUAUUGUGGGUGAAUGGUAUUGUUGCUGAAUCUGAACAUCAGUUGAAUGAUCACAAAAAACGACUGGCCACAUUUGGAGUUAUCAACAUAUCUGUGGAAAAGACUGCACCAGAGUGUAACUGUACUACCAAUGCGUGUGCUGUUUUCUACAAAGGUUUCUAUUACAUGUAUCCCUUCAGCAUUGAGUACCAUGUAUUUGCGUCUGCCAUGCUUUAUGUCAUGUGGAAGAAUGUUGGGCGGAAGAUCAAGGAGCAUAAACCACGCAAACUUUUUUUUAAGAAACAAUACAAAAUAUUACCAGGACCAGUUCUGGGAGCUGUUGUACUGGCAGCCACCAUAGGAAUUCUGAUUGUGUACAACAUACAGGUGGGCCAUUCUGAAGCUCUGCGCCAGUCUGCUGUGACUAUGUUCUAUUUGUAUAGUAUUACAGUGCUAAGUUUAAUGUCUGCAGCAACCACAAGUGGCCUUGUGAUUUAUAGAAUAGACAAACGAUUGGUGGACAACUCCACGAACCCUACAAGGAAGUUGGAUGGCUCCCUCCUGGUCAGCACAGCCUCUGCCUCCUGGCUCCUCUCUUGGUGCUCUGUGAUAGCAGGAAUUGCAGCAGAAAGGCGCCCAGGUCAUACGUGGCUGAAUCUACCCUUUUCUUUGUUAACAAUCAUUGAGAAAUAUCUCCAGAAUAUGUUUAUAAUAGAAUCCCUUCAUCGUGAAAGUGACAAGUACAAGAAGCAAGUGGAAAAGAGCCAAGGGGUCUUCACCAUUUCAGCUUGUGGGAAUUGCAUGGAGCAAGCUGGUGGCGAUGGCAGGAGCAAUGCAGCCAGGGGAGAUGGUGGCUGGCAGCCCGCAUCCUCCAUGCCACUGAGGGACAUCGAAACACGCACGUGGGACAUAAAGAGCCUUUUGCUGAAGAAUAUCGCUGCCUUUCUCUUCCUGUGCAACAUUUCGUUCUGGAUACUUCCAGCAUUUGGAACUCGCCCGCAGUUUGACAACGGUCUUGAAGAAAAUGUUUAUGGAUUUGAAAUGUGGAUUCUAAUUGUAAAUCUUGCAAUGCCUUUUGCUAUUUUCUAUCGUAUGCAUGCUUCUGCAUCACUUUUUGAGGUGUUCUGUUUGGCAUAGUUAACAAAUUAAAUGUCAUUGGUGUGUAUAGAGUCAGAUAGUGUAGAUAACUGCGGGGGGGGGGAGAGCUCCAUUAAUUGCACUUGAAUUUCUUGUAUCAGAAUAUGGUUUUGGCACUAUCUAAAAGUUAAUAAUUUUAAUUUUGUACUAAUGUCUACUGGAGUUGUAUUUUGUAUUAAUUUAUUAUGCAAAUUUUCAAUUAAGUGGUCUGUAAGAUUUGAAUAUAAAACUUGUAAUGAUGUAAAUCCAUUGAGAAAUAAAAAAAGGUGUUCUGGUUUGUAAACUAUUAAGAUGCUGCACAAUUUUGCCCCAGUUCAUGCCACCAUUGCACAGGGGUAAACCUUUUCAAAUGCAUACUUUGAUUUGCAUGUAAGCUACAAUCAUAGUUCAUUUCCCAAUGGAGAUAGAAACUGAUGAGUUGCAUACCGUAAAUUGGUAAAUUCUAGGAAAUAUUGUACUGCAUAUUAAAAAUAUAGCCUGGCAAUUGUUAAUCACAAUACUGUCAUCAAAUGUUUUGUACAUGCACUGAAAACAUUUAAAUUUUUAAGUUAUUUUAGUAUAUAGACUUUGUGAAAGAUCUGUAUUGAUGUAAAAUUUAACUAAUAAUGACUGAUAGAUUUCAAUUACAAGUUAUGAAAGAGCAGAAAUUACAUUGAGAUAAUACAGCUAAAUGGGAAUGUUACCAAAACAUUAUUAAAUGAUACAAAUACAGAAACAUUUGUUCUUCCAGAUGGAGUUCAACUCAUAAAUGUGGUGUGUCAAAUAUGAUGAGAGAACAUAGUAUUGAUGGUAAGACUCUUGGCAGUGUGAAGGACAGGGGGAUCUUGCGGUCUGAGUCCAUAGGACACUCAAAGCUGUUGCGCAGGUUGACUCUAUCAUUAAGAAGGCAUACAGUGCAUUGGCCUUCAUCAAUUGUAGGAUUGAGUUUAGGUGCCGAGAGGUAAUGUUGCAGCUGUAUAGGACCCUGGUCAGACCCCAUUUGGAGUACUGUACUCAGUUCUGGUCGUGUCACUACAGGAAGGAUGUGGAAAAUAUAGAAAAGGUGCAGAGGAAAUUUACAAGGAUGUUGCCUGGAUUGGGGAGCUUGCCUUAUGAGAAUAGGUUGAGUGAACUUGGCUUUUUCUCCUUGGAGUGAUGGAGGAUGAGAGGUGACCUGAUAGAGGUGUAUAAGAUAAUGAGAGGUAUUGAUCGUGUGGAUAGUCAGAGGCUUUUCCCCAGGGCUGAAAUGGCUAGCACAAGAGGACACAGUUUUAAAGUGCUUGGAAGUAGGUAAAGAGACCAGUUUUGUUUUUACACAGAGUGGUGAGUGCGUGGAAUGGGCUCUCGAUGGUGGAGGUGGAAACGAUAGGGUCUUUUAAGAGACUCCUGUUUGGAUACAUGGAGCUUAGAAAAAUAGAGGGCAAUGGGUAAGCCUAGGUAGUUCUAAAGCAAGGACAUUUUCAGCACAGCUUUGUGGGCUGAAGGGCCUGUAUUGUGCUGCAAGUUUUCUAUGUUUUUAAACCUGAGUGUUUAGUUGAGUUUUAACAUUAAGAAUCUUGCAUUAAUUGAUCUGUAUUUUGGUGCAUGAAAAGGCUUUGCUGGCAGGGGUAGAAUUUAUUGUCCACAGUUAAUGACUGAAGAAUAUCGAUGGUCAGUAUAUUAGACCAUAAAAUAUAGGAGCAGAAUUAGGCUAUCCUGUCCAUUGAGUCUGCUCUGCCAUUCAAUCAUAGCUGAUCCUUUUUUUAAUGACUCUCCUCCUUAACCCCAGUUCCUGCUCUUCUCCGCAAAGCCUUUGAUGGCAUGUCCUAUUAAGAACCUAUCAAUCUCUUCCUUAAAUACACCCAGCAACCUGGCCUCCACAGCUGCCUGUGGCAACAGAUUCCACAAUGUCCUUUGGUUAAAGAAAUUUCUCUAUCUGUUUUGACAGGGUUCCCCUCUAUCCUGAGGCUGUGCCAUCUUGUCCUGGACUUUCUCACCAUAGAAAACAUCCUUUCCAUAUCUACUGUCUAGGCUUUUCAACAUUCAAAAGGUUUCAAUGAGAUUCUCCCCACAUCCUUCUGAAUUCCAACGAGUACAGACUCAAAGCCAUCAAACGUUCCUCGUAUGAUAACCCUUUAUUGAAGGUACUCAAUCCUUUCAGUUAAGUCAAAAUUAAUGCACCAUCCUUAGUGGGGGGAAGCCUCUAAAACAUUCUGAAUGAGGUAUAAUUGAAUCGUUAGGAGUAUGCAAUAAA